UGCUCUCCCUGAUCCUCGUAUGUGUGGCUGGUUACUGUAUUCUGGAUUUGUUCUGUCCGGCUCCUACGUCUAGGUCUUUUUCUCCUAAUUUGCAGCAUGGUACACGCCAAGUGGCUUACCAAAUAUGGCCGGACCAUCAGGAACAGCUGACCCUUUGAUGAUCUCGAGCCCAAGUUUGUAACCGGGCUACCUUGUCCGGCUUUUUUUCGUUGCGAGGCAUGCUCUCUGCUCUGUAGCUUUGCGUUUUAUUGGGAUUCACUCUUUUGUAUACGAUCCUUACUUCUGGCCCGAUGCGUCUGCACUGGCCUCUUACUCUCCUUCCUCUUGUCCUUCCCCAUGCCUUCGCUGCUACCGCUGACCAGUGGAGAGGACGAAGCAUAUACCAAUUAAUAACUGACCGUUUCGCUCUUGAGGACGGUGCUAACCUUGAUGCCUGCAAUCCCGCCGACCAGGACUACUGUGGAGGCACUUGGAAUACCAUCCGAAAUAAACUCGACUACAUCCAGAACGCUGGCUUCACUGCAAUAUGGAUAUCGCCAGUAAAUCAAAACUAUGAAGGCGAUAGAACUCCCUAUGGAUACCCCUACCACGGCUACUGGAUGGCCGAUAUUACCCAGCUGAACGACCGCUUUGGUACCGAAGACGAUCUCAGGGCACUCAUCUCUGACCUGCACGCUAGGGAUAUGUAUCUGAUGGUCGACGUCGUCGUCAACAAUGUUAUGGCUCUCUCUACCAAUCCGGACUACUCCGGUUACAUGUUCAAAGACUCCUCGUACUACCAUCCUUACUGUGCGAUCGACUGGGGCAACACUACGUCCGAGCAAGAUUGCUGGCUCGGUGACGAGAAAGUCACACUACCUGAUCUCGACACCACCAAUCCCACGGUGGUGUCAGGGUAUGUAGACUGGAUCAAGAAGUUCGUCCAAGAAUAUGACAUCGAUGGGCUCCGAAUUGACGCCGCCAAACACGUCGAUAUGGAGUUUUGGCCGCAAUUUUGCGGUAGUGCAGGGGUAUUUUGCAUGGGCGAAGUGUUUGGUGGCAUUGAUGUGGAGCCCGUCGCUCAAUAUCAGGGAUCCCAGGGUCUCGAUUCCGUGCUCAAUUUCCCCCUGCAAGCAGCACUUCUGGCCGCAUUCCAGAUACCUGGCGACCUCAAUGUGACAGCUCUUGCUGAUGUUUUUGAGCAGAGCAAAAAAUUGUUUGCUGAUACAACUUUACUCGGCAACUUUUUGGAGAACCAGGACGUUUCAAGGUGGGCGAACGUCAGCGUGGACCCGCAGACCAUGUACAACGCCAUGACGUUCACAUUUAUGUCCGAUGGAAUCCCUAUCGUAUACUACGGUCAAGAACAGUCCUUCUCAGGAAGUGGAGAUCCAUAUAAUCGAGAACCCCUUUGGCCUUCUGGAUACCAGGAGACAUACGCCUAUACUCUCAUCCAGAAACUUAAUGCCGCUCGCAAUUUUCUUGUUUCGAAUACAUCACAGACUGAUUGGCUCACAUCAGAAACGGAGAUCCUCACUCAGUCACCCCACGGCGUCGCCAUUAUGAAAGGACCUGUUAUUACCAUUCUCACGAAUAUCGGAUCACCGGCGCAGAAUGGGACGAAUAUUGCAGUACAAACGCCCUACGACAGCCAAACAGCCUUCUUCGAUAUAUUUGAUUGCGACCAAUGGGUCGUAGGGAGCCAAGGAUCUUUGGAUGUCGAGUACACGAAAGGCGGAAGGCCAGUCGUACUGGUCAGAUCUGAUGUGCUGGAGUUGUCGGACAUUUGCAGCGACCAAGUUGGUGUUGGUAUCGUCCAUGCGGCCGGUACCAGUGCAUCUUCUACGUCAAGUGGUGCCAGGGUAGGCAUCCAACAGCUGGCAUGGUGGUGGAUAGCGCUGAUGCUGCCAACAUUCUGGUUGUGGACAUGACGGACUGAGAAUUUAUUGUUUCUAAUUCUGGACGGAGGAACUCUGGAUUCUAUUCUCUCUUUUCGAUCUUUUCCGCGUUGUACUUUUCCCGUUGUCAAUAGUUGUCAGCACUGUCUUUUGUAUAUUAUCUCUCGGCCUGUUUGUCAAAUAUAAUUAACCAGGUAUUCCUCCUCAGGCUCUUAUAUUCCGCCGGGCGGCGCGGAGCGACGCGUGGAUUUGCAUUGAAUCUUGCCUUUUUGGGAUGGCCAGUUCGCUCGAAAUCCUGG